CCCCACCCCCAACAAACCCCUGUAACAUUUCCAACUCAAAAGAACAAGCAAUUUGGUUCUGGAUUGCCAUUCUCUCCUUGGCGCGAAACCAAAUCGCCGAGGGGGAAGCCAUGUCGAUUUCUCUGUUGCAGCAGCUAAACGGCGAGAGAUCGGUGGUAUUGCUCUUUGUAAUUCAAAUUCUCUUCUCCACCUCUCUCUCUCUCAUCCCCGAAGCCGUUUCCCUCUCUCUACUCUCCCUUUUUGCUCUCUGCGUUGAGAUCUCCGCCGACGAUGCGUCCAAUCCACUCGGCCAUUUCUUCAAAGCCAGGCCUGGAGCUUCAUCUGGAGUUCUACUGGGUGCAGUAACCGUGCCUAGCCUCCUGGUCUCAAGGUUGAUACAGACUCUUAGGGAAGAGUCAAUAAAUGAAGUUGGAACUGAAGGCAUAGAAUAUCUCAAGUUGCAAUAUUGGGCUGCAUUUGCAAGUUGUUUCGCCGUGCUAAUUUUCCUUUCCACUGUGUGUCGGUGGCAGAGAAAGGAUAGUGAUUCCAUCUGUUCUCUCUCCAAUUGUAAUCGAAGAUAUGGUUUCAUUUUCACAAUCUUGCUUGUAGGAUCAUUAUAUGGGGGGUGGUUUUUAUCCUUGAUGUCACUAUGGGUGCUCAGUCAUGGAUUGGCAGCAGUUUUGUUAAUAGUGAAGAUCCUUCACAUGUUUCCUGCAUGUGCUUCCAUUGGAGAAUCUCUUCUAGUGGCUUCUGGCAUUGUUAUCUAUUUUGGCGACAUGGUAGCAUGUACUGCUGCAAAAAUCUCUAGUUCAAAGGCACUCCUUGUACAAAUUGGGAUUAAUAGAAGCGAAAUAAGCACCAUUAUUCAGGGAGUUGUUUUCGGCCUCCUCCUUUUUCCAGUGUUCUAUAAAUAUGUUCUUCGAACAUUGGAAUACUUUGUCAGCCUGCUAAGGAAUGGGGGUUUGGAGAACAAUGAGAUGAAAAGAUCCCUUGUUUUCUAUGCUUCACUCGCUUUUAUGCUGCUUGUUGUUGUCCCGUCAUGGAUGCAAUUUGUACAUCCUUUUCACGUGCAUCCGUUGUUAUGGGUAUUUGAUUUUGUUUUGUCGGAACCACUUAAGAGACUGACAUUAUGUAUCUAUUGGCUGGUCAUCAUAUAUGUAUCUGUUGGACGAUUUUACAAUAUUUCAAAGAAUAGUAAGACCGAGAGGAUACUUCUACGCAAGUACUAUCAUCUGAUGGCUGUCUCAAUUUUCGUUCCUGCCCUUAUAUUCCAGCCAAAGUUUCUUGAUCUUGCUUUUGGUGCAGCUUUGGCAGUGUUUCUCUUGUUGGAAAUUAUACGAAUAUGGAAAAUCUGGCCAUUAGGUCAUCUAGUCCACCAAUUCAUGAAUGCCUUUACGGACCAUCGUGAUUCGGAUCUUCUUGUUGUCAGCCAUUUUUCACUGUUAUUGGGAUGCGCAAUUCCAAUUUGGCUGUCCUCUGGUUUUACUGAUCGACCAAUUGCCCCUUUUGCUGAAAUUUUGAGCCUUGGUAUUGGAGAUACAAUGGUACUUAUCUGCUUGCCUUUUUCUGAUCCCGUUUUGGAUCUUAUCGAGUUUGUUUAUCCCGAUCUUAUGAGCAACCUGUUCGCUCCUGAGUAUUUCGAGGGCAGGGCAAUUCUUGCACCGACUAAAGAAAAUGUCGGUUUUUUGAAUGGUCAUUUUUUGUCGAUCAUAACUGGAGAGAGAAAAAGAUUUAUUUCAGCUCCGAUGGUAGGACUGUACUGGGCCACGGACAGUUCUAUGUCGUAUUCUCGAGAGUUAAGAGUCGAAUGA